GUGCAAAUCAGGCAGGAAACGCGAGUCGCCUCAAACGCACGCGCAUGCGCGAUAUCCCUGGGAAAGCUGCGCGUGCCUAGUCUCGCGCCUGAGAGCGCGGCGUCUCUGAAGCUGCAGUGAGAGAGUAUAUCCUGCUCGUCUGUGUUGCAGUCAGAGUUGUAGCUGUCAGGUAGAUCAGGGUCUCUGUUUACUUCAGAGCGUGUUAGACUAAGAUGGAAAAUGAAGAUGGGACAAUGGUGAAAAGCCAGGACUCAGUAGAGAAAAGGUUGGGGCGAACGACUUUGUUGGACAGUGGGGAAGAUUUUGAGAUGCUAGAAGAGGUUGAUGAUGGAGUGGAUGAUGAUCUGCCCCCUUUAGAAGAUGCAGGUGGUGGAAAGAAAGAAAGCCUUCAGGCAAAUAAAAUGGUGGAAGAAAUCACAGACCCCAGUCAGCGUCCACCCCAAGAGGAAUGGCUGGAUGUCUUAGGAAAUGGGCAGCUGAGAAAGAAAGUUUUAGAAGCUGGGUCUGGUCCUGACAGUAAACCUCAGAGGGGCCAAAACGUCGCCAUUAAUCUCAAAACCACUCUGAGUGACGGAACUACAGUAGAGGAGUCCAACAUCUCUUUCACUCUUGGUGAUGGUGAUGUCAUUCAGGCAUUGGAUCUCACUGUGCAGCUAAUGGAGAUGGGUGAAAAGGCUCUGAUAGAAGCAAGUGCCAAAUACGCAUACGGUGCACUGGGGAGCAAUUCUACUCCUGUUGUGCCUCCCAAUGCUGACUUGAUUCUGGAGGUGCAUCUCCUGUCUGCUGUUGAUGCUCCUGACCUGGAGCUUCUGCCUCCCUCUGAGAGGAUCAGUUUGGCGAGCAAGAAACGAGAGCAGGGCAAUGUUCACUACCAGCGUGGAGAUUACGCUUUUGCUGUUAACUCCUACGGGAUUGCCCUGCAGAUAACGGAAGCAAGUUCGAAAGUGGACAUCAGCCCUCAGGAAGAAGAGGAGCUGCUGGAUGUAAAGUUGAAAUGCCUAAACAACAUGGCUGCCGCUCAGCUCAAGCUGGACCACUAUGAAGCUGCACUGCGCUCCUGUGUCUCGGUUUUAGCUUAUCAGCCAGACAAUAUCAAAGCUCUGUUUCGUCAGGGCAAGGUACUGGCACUACAAGGAGAGUACGCUGAUGCAAUUAGAAGUUUGAAAAGAGCUUUAAAGUUGGAUCCAAGUAACAAGACCAUCCAUGCAGAGCUGUCGAAGCUGGUGAAGAAACACUCGGAACAGAAGGGUGCUGAGCAGGCUAUGUACAAGAAGAUGCUUGGAAACCCACCUGACAUCAACACUGUACAGAAACCCCUGGCCAAGUCCUCAUGGAGUAUAAGCUGGAAGUGGUUGUUCGGUGCUACUGCUGUUGCUAUUGGAGGUGUAGCCUUGUCAGUGGUCAUUGCUGCUAGGAAUUAAUUUAGUUCAGGAUACUAGCGUAACCUCGAUUUUCGGUACACUAUCGUCCAUUUAUAGUACUUUCUGUUUGCUGUCAGAAUGUAACUUUAUAAAUUAUUAACAAAGUUUGUUUAAAUGCAUGAAAGGUGACUUGAGAAUGUUGAUGUAUGAAGUGAUAAAUUAUUACAUCUAUAAAAUGAGUAAAUUUGCCAUUUUGUUGAGGAAAUGAUCUAGUUUAUCUAAAUGUUGGAACUGUUUAAAGCUUCCAGUGCAAAAUGUAUAUUCUACAUCUAAUCACCUCCUUAGCCUUCCUAUGUUAUGUUUCUGAAUCAGCAAGACUGUUUCUAAUGUAGCCAAUAUGUAUGCUGCUAGCUUUGUAUUCCUACAUGGCUCAAUUCAAUUCAAUGUUUGCUUGUUGCAGUUGUUUCUUCUGUGUUUUAACAAACCAGUCCACUGACUAAUGUUUGGCCUCCUUUGCAUUCAGGAGGGUGUACCUCACCUUUUUAAAAACUCUGACCAAACACUGUAAGGAUUUUACAAAAAGACCAAAUUAAUUGAUUUAGACUUUUAUUGAUUUGACUUAGACUUAUUUUGUGUCUAAAUAUGUAAAUGGUAUUUAUUUUAAAUAUUUCACUAUGUCUAAUUUUCUGAUUAUUGAUUUUAUAAAUGGUUUGGUUACUCAUUUGGUAUUGAAAGUAACAACAUUCCUGAUAACUAAUUAAUAUAUAUUAUAUAAUUUUUUUUUUUUUAAAUAAACUUUUACACUUUCAGUUCA